AUGGGUUUCGACUCCAAAGAUCAACUUUUGAUCACGGCUGGUUGGAUAUCUGUUGGAGUCGUUGCCAAUUACGGCAAUGCAUUACUGCUUGAUCGCGUUGGUCGCGUCAGGCUGCUGGUUGUCGGCUUGGUUGGAUGCGCUGUUGCCCUGCUCCUUGAAGCAGUGACGUUGGCAAAGUAUCAAGGCUCGGAUAAUCGAGGCGGCAUCGGCGCGGCUGUUUUCUUCCUCUUUUUGCACAUCAUUUUUUAUGGUACUUGCGUAGACGCAACAACCUAUGUCUACGCUGCCGAAAUCUGGCCGACGCACAUUCGCUCCAAAGACAGCGCCCUGACGACAACGGGGUUAUUCACAUCUUCGCUCAUCCUCCAAAUAGUUUCGCCGCCUGCCUUUGAAGUCAUUGAAUAG